UUGCAUAAUUCUUUUUUUGUGGUUUUAGCUAUAAAAACAGCACUGAAUGAGUGUGACGGCUCUCCAUAUGAGCGAAGAAACUGUGGAUACCCUGGAAUAAGCUUUUCAGACUGUGCCAGGAGAGGGUGCUGCUUCAAUACCAGUGUACGGGGGGUGAACUGGUGCUACUACACUAACUCUGACAGUGAGUACUACCACAUGUGCAGUGAGUCCAGCGACAGAACAGAUUGCGGAUACCCAGGAAUUAAUGCCAGCGAGUGCUAUUCCAGAGGAUGCUGCUUUAACUCCACUAUUCGCAGGGUUAAAUGGUGUUUCUUCCCAAAACAACUCGGUAAGUUAUUGCAUCACAUAGCCAAUAAAAUCCUUUAG